UGUCUCUCUCUUUCUCUCUCUCUCUCUCUCUCUCUCCCUCCCUCCUCUGCAAAACCUUGAGCAAGACCAAGCCAAAGAAACAAUCUUGAAAACGCUUUCUUUUGUUUUUUAAUCAAGAAAAAGAAAAGGGGUUGCUUUCGUUGCCAGCCAUGACAGAGGUUCUCCAUUCCCCUUCCCAUUUUUGUUCCUCCCCAAGACCCAGCUCCUCUUCCCCUCUUCCUCCUUCCAAUUCUUCAUCCGUCUCCUUGUCCUGCGCACCCCCGUCUUCUUUGUCCGGCGCACGCCCCCGCAGCAAAGAGGACGACGAUUGCGACUCUGCGGUGGCUGACUGUGAGGCGAAGGACCGUGACAAGCGCAGAAGGGAGCAGCUUUCUCUGUUGGCGUUGCUGGUCACCUUUUUCAGGAAAUCUUUGAUUCCGUGCAAGAGUGACAGGAGGCAGGUUUGCUCUAUGGAGAUCGGAUGGCCAACCAAUGUGCGGCACGUUGCCCAUGUCACCUUUGAUAGGUUCAAUGGGUUCUUGGGUUUGCCCGUGGAGUUUGAACCUGAAGUGCCCAGUAGGCCUCCCAGUGCAAGUACAACUGUUUUUGGAGUUUCCACGGAGUCCAUGCAGCUGUCAUACGACUCUAGAGGUAAUAGUGUGCCAACAAUUCUCUUGCUUAUGCAAGGACGGUUAUAUGCUGAAGGAGGCCUUCAGGCAGAAGGGAUUUUCAGAAUUAAUGCCGAAAACAGUCAAGAGGAGCAUGUAAGGGACCAAUUAAAUAGGGGAGAUGUACCAGAAGGCAUCGAUAUACACUGUUUGGCAGGACUGAUCAAGGCUUGGUUUAGGGAACUCCCAGCCGGGGUUCUGGACUCUCUAUCGCCUGAGCAGGUAAUGCAAUGCCAGACUGAAGAUGACUGUUCACAACUUGUGAGGCUUCUGCCGCCGACUGAAGCUUCUCUACUGGAUUGGGCCAUCAACCUUAUGGCUGAUGUUGUUCAACAGGAACAUCUAAACAAGAUGAAUGCACGCAACAUAGCCAUGGUUUUUGCACCAAACAUGACUCAGAUGGCAGAUCCUUUGACUGCAUUGAUGUAUGCAGUCCAAGUGAUGAACUUCCUCAAAACACUUAUUUUGAAGACAUUGCAAGAAAGAAAGGAUUCUGCGGUAGAGCCUCCUGUGUGCAAUGUAGAGCCCUCUGACGAUAAUGGACACCAGAGCCCUUCCCAGUCCUUUGAGGAAGAUAUUGGCAAAUGUAACCAAGAGAAAGAGCAGUCAGUGAUUACUGAAGAACCUCAAUCUGAAAGUUCCUCCAUCUCUAACCAAGUCAGUAACCUAACCAAUAGAGAGGCUAGCAGUUUGGUGAGGCUGGUAAAGAAGCUAAAUCCUGACGGCAGUGGGUGUUGCGAGAAUGCAGUGCAAGAUGACUACUUGGUUAAUGAAAUGGAAGCUGGCAGAGCCAGCAAGAUGACAUCUGAAGUUCAAGCGGACACGCCUGGUCAGUCGAGUAAUUUAACUAUCAAAACAGGGCCUAAACGACUAAGUGAUCAGAAGUCUGUAAUAAGGGAAACAGGGCUUAUUGAGAAGGCUAGGGGAAUCAGCACCCUGAGUCGCAUAGAUUCAACGAUGGAGCGGAUUGAAGCCUGGCGGUAAAGAAAAGUUCGGCCCAAUGAUUGGAGCUUUAACUGAUUCUAUGACAUUGUGUGAAUAUAUGUAGUUUGGAUUGAUUUGCAAAUUGUGGGUGUGUGUGAUAUGUUCAUGUAUGCGUUUUCUGUCUUGCUCCGUGGUGGUUUACUUAACCUGUUUCUUAUUUCAUGGAUGACAAUGUUUACUAUCAACUAACAUUGUUAAUCGGAGUUUCCAUUGGUGUGGUUCCUGA